UUCCACCAUGGCCACCUCAGCAAGUUCCCACUUGAACAAAGGCAUCAAGCAGAUGUACAUGGGUCUGCCUCAGGGCGAAAAAGUCCAAGCCAUGUAUAUCUGGAUUGAUGGCACUGGAGAAGGACUACGCUGUAAGACACGCACCCUGGAGAGUGAGCCCAAGUCUAUAGAAGAGUUGCCGGAGUGGAAUUUUGAUGGCUCCAGUACUUUCCAGUCUGAAGGCUCUAACAGUGACAUGUAUCUCAUCCCUGCUGCCAUGUUCAGGGAUCCUUUCCGCAAGGACCCCAACAAGCUGGUGUUGUGUGAAGUCUUUAAGUACAACCGAAAACCUGCAGAGACCAACUUAAGGCAUACCUGUAAGCGCAUAAUGGACAUGGUAAACAGCCAGCACCCCUGGUUUGGAAUGGAGCAGGAAUAUACCCUUAUGGGGACAGAUGGGCAUCCAUUUGGUUGGCCUUCCAAUGGUUUCCCUGGACCUCAAGGUCCAUAUUACUGUGGUGUGGGAGCAGACAAAGCCUACGGCAGGGACAUUGUGGAGGCUCAUUAUCGGGCUUGCUUGUACGCUGGCAUCAAGAUUGGGGGAACGAAUGCUGAGGUCAUGCCUGCCCAGUGGGAGUUCCAGAUAGGACCCUGUGAAGGAAUCAACAUGGGGGAUCAUCUCUGGGUGGCCCGUUUCAUCCUGCACCGUGUAUGUGAAGACUUUGGAGUGAUAGCGACUUUUGAUCCUAAGCCCAUCCCUGGGAACUGGAAUGGUGCAGGUUGUCACACCAACUUCAGCACUAAGGUCAUGCGAGAAGACAAUGGUCUGAAGUACAUUGAGGAGUCCAUUGAGAGACUAAGCAAGCGGCACCAGUACCACAUUCGUGCCUACGAUCCCAAAGGGGGCCUGGACAACGCCCGGCGCCUAACUGGAUUCCACGAAACCUCCAACAUCAACGACUUUUCUGCCGGCGUGGCCAACCGUAGCGCCAGCAUCCGCAUUCCUCGGACUGUCGGCCAGGAGAAGAAGGGUUACUUUGAAGACCGCCGCCCCUCUGCCAACUGUGACCCCUACUCAGUGACAGAAGCUCUUAUCCGCACCUGUCUUCUCAACGAGACCGGUGAUGAGCCUUUCCAGUAUAAAAACUAAGUGGACUAGACCUCCAGCCAUGAAACCCCUCCCAGCUCUUCAUCCCAUGCCCACUGUUCCCUUCCCCCACGUGUUCCUACUAGCUGUAACUCAAAGGGCAGAAUAUCAAGGUCUUUUUUAUUCC